GCUCAGUUACCCUAUCGCGCCGCUCGAUCCAGUUUACGAUACUUAAUGUGCUGGGUUUCUACAUCCGCGGCUCGUGAGAUGUACUUAAUCGAUUAUUUGCGCAAAUUAUUCGAACGUCGCUUCCUGGUAAUACAACAAUUUUGCGAUCUAUGCACGUACCGCCUCGUUUUAUCGGCCAGUGGCAGAAAUUGCGGUGGAUCAUGGACGCGAGCCCUCCCGCCUACGCAUAUCGCCGUGAAGGACGGCGUUCAACAAAGGGACAUCCACGAGAUCUCGGGAGAUGUGGUACCGAUAAAUAUGGUAAAGGGAAUCGGACAUCUCAGAGAUCCCCGACUUAACAAGGGCUUAGCAUUCACCUUGAAAGAGAGGAUAGCUCUGGGAAUACACGGACUGCAACCCCCCAGAUUUAAGACGCAGGAGGAACAGCUGGCGCUAUGUAAAGCUUCAGUCAUGAAGUACACGGAGGAUUUGAACCGAUAUCUGUAUCUCGUGGAGCUUCAAGAGAGGAACGAGAGAUUAUUUUUCCGUCUGUUGAGUGAAAACAUUGAACAGAUGAUGCCAAUUGUCUAUACGCCCACUGUUGGUCUGGCUUGCCAAAAGUUUGGUGUGAUCUAUCGCAGACCUCGCGGCCUCUUCAUUACUAUAUAUGAUAAGGGUCAUAUCUACGAGAUCUUGAAUAACUGGCCGGAGCAAGCGGUGCGAGCCAUUUGCGUGACAGACGGUGAGCGGAUUUUGGGUCUCGGCGACCUCGGGGCAUGCGGCAUGGGUAUCCCUGUCGGAAAAUUAGCACUUUACACAGCUUUGGCUGGCAUUAAACCACACCAAUGCCUACCGAUCACUAUUGACGUGGGCACUAAUAACGAACAGCUGAGGAACGAUCCUCAUUACAUCGGUCUCAACAAGCCUAGGAGUCAAGGUGCCGAGUAUGACGAAUUGAUCGAUGAAUUUAUGGCUGCCUGCGUGCGAAAGUACGGACAAAACGUUCUUAUUCAAUUUGAAGACUUCGGCAACCACAACGCCUUCCGUUUCUUAGACAAAUACAGAAACAAGUACUGUACGUUCAAUGAUGAUAUACAAGGUACGGCUGCGGUUGCGGUAGCUGGAAUCCUGGCAUCAAAGAGAAUAACUAAGAAGAGGAUGGCGGAUAAUAAAUUUGUCUUCCUGGGAGCCGGAGAGGCGGCUAUCGGAAUAGCUGAUCUCUGCGUGAAAGCGAUGGAGGCUGACGGUUGCACUCAACAGCAAGCGCGUGAUAAUAUCUGGAUGAUGGACAUCGAUGGAUUGCUCGUAAAGAAUCGGCCCGAGGGUAAUCUGGAAGGCCACAAGAUCUGGUACGCGAAGGAUUACAAAGUGAUGAAAACGUUGCUCGAAGUCGUGAAGGCGGUCAAGCCUACCGUCUUGAUAGGCGCUUCGGCAGCGGCAGGGGCCUUCACUCCCGAGGUUCUCAAAGAGAUGGCGAAGAAUAACGAGAGGCCGUUAAUCUUUGCUCUGAGUAAUCCAACCAGCAAAGCUGAAUGUACGGCGCAGCAGGCGUACGAUCAUACCGAUGGUAGAUGCAUAUUCUCCUCCGGCUCGCCAUUUGGUGAAGUAAAAUACAACGGGAAGACAUACAAGCCUGGACAAGGCAAUAACGCAUACAUCUUUCCCGGUAUCGCUUUGGGCGUUAUCGGCACCGGAGUGCAUCACAUCACCGAGGAUCUUUUCUUAAUCUCCGCACAGGUUGUUGCCGAUCACGUGAAAAACGAGGAUCUCGAAAGGGGUAGUUUGUAUCCGCCGUUGAAUACUAUCCGGGAAUGCUCUAUCGACAUCGCGAUUAAGAUAGCCGAUUACGCUUAUGCCAAAGGUGGUUUGGCGAGCGAAUAUCCGGAACCGAAAGACAAGCGACAAUUUAUCAUAAAUAAGAUGUACGAUGCCAACUAUGACAGUCCACUGCCAAAUUUAUACGAGUGGCCGGGUGAUUAUGCCAAGCCUCGCAUGUUACCGGAAAAAGAGACAAUAGAAAUCCGCCACGAUUUAAAACAUCUGUAGUGAAUUUCAUCGGCCGGGAGUAUAAAGUUGGAGGCUAUCAUUAUUGUCUUUAAAAAAUAUCGAUGUUUCCUCGACUUAUAACCAAUGUCACUCACGGCAUAUGCAAAUCUGCAAAAUGGCUUGCAAAUCAUUUUAAUUAUAAGAGAAAUUAUUUAUUUGCACGAAGUACUAAUAUAGUACACGGCGGCAUGAUUGCUGACAUUCAAUAUCUGACAGCGUUACUUAUAUUGCAAUAAGCUAACAAUGCAGCAUCUUCAUGUUUUCCUCUUCGUCUGUGUAUCAGUAUUAAAAAAAAAGAUAAUGAGUACUUUUGUAGGGACAAUGGUUGAAAGUAUAUUAAUUAAGGAAAGUUUAUACUAUAUAGACGCAUUUUAUAAAAAAAAACAUUGUAUUGUCUUACGUGUUUUUCAAUGUCGGAGACAUGUAUGUAAAAAUGUAUUUCAGAUGAUAUAUAGUUAAUGGUUCCUUUUAUCAAAACCAACGAUAAUUAGACUCUAGAAUUUUUCUGUCACGCGAGCUCUAUUAAAAAUCUAAUCGCGCGCGCGAUCGUAGAAUAUUAAAAAUAUAUAAUAUAUUUAGGUUUCCUGAUUUAGGACGAUGAUUAUCUAGAAGAGAUAUGAGAAUAUCCUAAAUCCUUGUCUUCUACUUCCUCUCCCGAAGACUAAUUAUCCUCAUCAAAAAGUAAUCUAUCUGAAAAUAGGUUACCAAAACUCCAAUAAAGAUCGUGACAUAUAUCUUUUGGGUCAAAAAUUUUUACUUUGCGAUAUAUAUAUCUCUCUUAUAGAUAAAAAAUUAUUAAUAUAUUUUGAAGUUUUAAAUAAAUAUGUGCAUCUAUAUUAUACCUAAUAUAUACAAAUCAAAAACAAGGUUGGUCAAAAGUCGGAUUUGCUUUGUUUGAUAUUAAUAGAUUUGUGUAAACAUUUAUUUAGAGAACGCAUAUUCGAAUUUCUAGUAUCUGUAUGAGUAUAAUUUUUAAAACUUAGAAAUAGAAUGAGAUGUUGCGUAGAUGAGAUUAAAAAUGAUGACUGCAGCUUUUGAUCCGUUUUGAAUAAUGUAUUUUUGAAUGCUUUAUGAAGAUGAUAUGCAAUAUGCGGAUAUAAAAUAAUAAUAUUAAAAUAUUAAAUGAUGAUGUUUGCUCGAAAUGUUUGUCUCUAAAGAUUCUCUUGUGUGAUUCAAAAACAAAAAUAUAGUUUCUUAAUAAGAAUUUCUUUUUUCUUGUAAAAGAAGAUAUAUUGCGCUUUUAUUAUAGUAACAAUAUUUUUAUUAGAUUAAUACUUUGCCCUAGAUGUAUAUCAUAAUUAUUAUUAUUCUGCUCGAAGUUGCAUGCUAUCUUAUAUGCAACAGUGAGAUUUUACGGCCGUGAUAGAACAUGCUUUGUUAUCUAGGAAACAAUUAUUAAAUUUGUACACACAUUCUGUAAUAAUAUUCUUAAAGUUUAUCCAAGCGAUUAAAACUACGUUUCUUUUCGAAAAAAUAAAUUAUUAUAUUUAUUUGCAGUUUUUUAUAUCAUUCUUAUCUCUUCGUAAAUAAUUAUUUAUAAGAAUAUUUUAUUUAUAAUAAUAUUUAUUUACUCAUAACGCUUGGUUAAACUUAUGAAACUCUCUACUAUUUUGUGUGACUAACUGUGACUUCUUUCUUAACAGAUUAUAACACGUUGGUGAGUCUAAACGCGAGAUGACUACUUUGACAUAUAUUUUAAUUUAAUUUUUUGUAGUCACAAAAGAAAUAAACGUCAAUAUCGUUGCGAGUGGUUACAUGACUAUUAUAUGUACUCUUUAAUAUUAAGAAAUUGCAAUUUAUUGAUGGUAUUAUACUCGACGUGUUUCUUAUAUUUAAAUAGUCUCAAGUGUGUAUUUAUAUUUAUUUAAUAUAAUAUCUAAUGUAGCGAUGUUGGACAUCGGACGCAGCAGAAUUUUAUAUAUGCUCGAGUAUAUAAUGUAUACAACUAUUCACUAACUUCGACAUGGGUUGUCAAAUAUUCCAAAAUAGAUUAUUUAUUUUUUUUUAACUUUCAUUUGUAAAAUGAUUACAAAACUAUCUCUAUAAUAACAUAGUACCACUAUACAUAUUAUAUAGCAGACAUAAAAUACAUCAUAUAUACUCUUUUAUUUUGUAUUUGAGAGUUAUAGUUAAUGAAUAGUUGACCUCAUCCCCUCAUUAGAAUCAUUUGAUAUAUCAUCAGAGAUGAUACAUAAGACUACUCUCUCCUUUUCAUACUUUUUUUUCAAAUAAUGACGUAAAAUGAAUAAAUCAUAUGAAACAGUUACUUAUUUCUACUAACAAUCGUGCAUCAAAUAAGCUGCACAGAAAUAUCAGAAAAAUUGUUAUGAUUAUUAUAUAUAAAGAUAUUGUAAUAUCUAUAUCUUUUGUAUUCUGCCAUGACAUGCGUUCUUAUAUUUUAUAGAAAAGAAUGCUAUACAAAUUUAUCACAAAUGAAAUUUUCGUCGAAAAGGUACCUAUGUUCUGUGGAAUGCAAGUAUUUAUCGACAGUAUAUACAUAGACUUUGAUUACUGCCACAAAAUAAAAAUUUUUGAAGUUGUGCAAUUCCUACAUAGGAAAAUGUAUUAUGCUGCCAUGAAUAAAUAUCUUGAAUAUCACAGGAGAAAGACUCCAUCAAGUCGCAAAGAUAUAUAUAUUUAUGAACUACUACUUAGUCUAUAAAUUAUAAUGUUAUAAGAUUAUGAGAAUAAAUGUUAAAUUCU